AUGGACCUUGGAGUGAGAGAUAUCGAAACUCUUUACGCUGAGUACACAACGUUUGGCAUUGGGGACGAGAAAACCCCGACAGUGCCCAAAAACAGCAUCCAUCAAGAGAACGGAAACAACGAGACAGCAAAGAACUGUGAUGAGCUGAAACGAAAAGGUCAAACAAUCAGCGGUGUUUUUACGAUCGACCCCGAUGGCUUAGGUGCAUUUGAUGUAUAUUGCGAUCAGACAACGGCCGGUGGAGGUUGGACAGUAUUCCAAAGGAGAAUGAAUCGAUCCGUUAAUUUCAACCGCACCUUGGAUGACUACAAACGUGGCUUCGGGAAUUUCCUUAUUGGUGAAUUUUGGCUCGGACUUGACAAGAUCUACCGUCUGACACGAAAUGAGCGAGAAAACAAGCUGCGAGUGGACCUUGGAAGGAGAGACAUCAAAACUGUUUACGCUGAGUACGCGAGAUUUGGCAUUGGGGACGAGAAUAGUAACUACACACUAAACCUUGGCAAUCUUUGGGAUAAGACUGCUGCUACCGACUCUCUUAUGCACCAUAAUGGCACCAAGUUUGUCACCGCUGAUACAAGGUGUGAUUCAGGAGGCUGGUGGUACCAUGAAACUGACUGUAACAGAGAGUCAAACCUUAAUGGUGCUUAUGGGAAAACUGAUAAAGAAGGCAAAAUUCACUGGGGAAAUCUAGAUUCCAAGGAUGCUGCUUAUGGCAGCACUCCCUCAACAUCUGAGAUGAAAAUUAGGCCAGUACAUUUUUCUGAAAGCUAACUUAUCCAGUAGUUCGUCCACCGAUAAUUUGUUACUCCCAACGAGAAAAAAUUAGAAGUCAAAGGACCAAUCACUAGCUUUUGAGGUUAAUCCUUUAUAAAAUAUCGUUAAACGAUGUCAAGAUCGAUUGAAUGUUUUACAUAGCGACGGGAUAUAUCAUGU